UUUUUUCCCUCUACUAUCGUUAAUAUACUUAGGUUCCUGCCUGGAGGUAUUGGGGAUACACUGCUACUAGAUACGGAAGCCGGUUUAGCUAAAGCUUCUACUCCGUCCACAACCAUUUGAAUAUCGACUUUGCCAUCGAAUCACCAAAGAAUGGAAUUCAUUAUCUCGUCACAUGAUUGAUGCUCCACUUGCCAACGAUUUUAAAGGAUAGUUGGAUCGACUGUGAAACCACCAUUGCCAGGUCUAACACAAGCAAUCAAGACUCUUGUCCUUUCCAAACCGAAUUUGAUUGGACAGUACAUUCCGCUGCGUAUAAAAGGUGCGUAACAUUGUGGGCUGACGAGUGUUCAGUGCGUAUGCAUCUGUUUAAUUGUCUACAAAUCUACGAAACAUUUGACCUCAGUUUGGCCAUUCAACUUACUGUUUAAAAGUCGUGUUCAUUUUUCCUGGUGCAUUAACAUGAAACAAUUAUGCAAUCGAAUUACGAUUAAUUAGUCACAAUUGAUUAUUUUAAUUAGAAUGCCGACACUUUUAGAUGUUAUUAACUGUCAAGUAGACGUUUUAAUAAACACCGUUGAGAUAUAUAGUUAAAAAUUUAGCUGUUCUAAACUCAAGAAUCUGUGGGCCUAGAUUCAUAAGCUAUUUAACUUUAAAAGGUUAUUGUCCAUGUACCUCGGGUAGUCUGUGAUAUAUAUAUCACAGACUUGUUAGGAAGUAUAAUUCCUAACAAGUAUGUACCAUUAACAUGACUUGACCACCAAAACUAUCUGGGUUCAUAUACGAGGGGGUGAGCGAACCAGGAAUGGUCAGGUUGUUAAUCUAGUCCCAUAUCGUUUUUUAGAUUGAUCUUACGAAUCCAGUCGUUUUCAAGAGAUUACAAAAUCCCAUGUGAUUCAUCACCAAUUAGUUACUAUUUUUAUUUGUCCUAUAUAAAACCCGACAACGUGACGUCUCUCAAAGCCUGUCAUUGUGCUUUACUCGACUGUUUCUGUGCUAGCGAAUAGCUCCUCAUAACUAUAGCCUUACAUGUCCGGCUUUUAAUAAUGGUGGGUCAGGGUAUUCAUUGCUACGCUAACUUAAGGAGGGAAUUCGCUUGCUAUCCCAAGGGAUGGCUUGGAUCCCAGUUUUCUGGCCCAGUAUAUUGUCACCUCAUAUAUAACAGCUUUUUAAUAUCUAAAAGCCUUAAUCUACAGUUGUGGACCAUUUUGAAAAGUGUAGAGUCCUCCCGUAAAGUAAAUUCUUUGUAAGUAUAUGUGGUGGCUAGAAAAGGUCAAGUAAGUUUGAUGAAGCUCCAGAUCUCAAAACUUCAGCCCACAUUUUCUAAGUCAGUCAGUCAGCUACAACGUAGGAUCAGGGACAUAUAUGCAUCGGUCUAAGUUGCCACACCUCAUUAGCACAACAAGAUGAACACCGAAUUUAUAGAAGUAGUUACUUCACUGGUAGCGAUUUUCUAAAAUUUUACCAGAUUUUCAUGGUUCAAACGCAAUCAGAAAUGACAGACGCGCUUGCUUUUCGGUAAUUUACUUAUGUCACAAGGUCAUCAUCUGCAACAACUACAGUCAUACACUAUUAAUUUAAUGGUUUUGGACAACAAUAUGUGGUAUUUGUCUUUUAUUUCUUCUAAAAUGGAAAGAUUGAAGAUUUCCGAGGAACUAUAGAUGUGCCAAUAAGUAUUUUAAAUUAUGGAUACACUCUUCGUACAGCUACGUUUUAUAAGAUGAAUAUUUAUUUUUUUAUUUAUUUAAACACAAAUAUCGGUACAAAGGGGCACCAAAUGCAUAUGCGCCACACAAAUCUCAUUUGAUUUGUGUGAGGGCUGUGAUACUGCUCGGGUGCCCAAACCGAAGCAGGUGGCUUUCUUAGAGGGCCACACCCGGAGCCUUCGACCUAAAGAUCUGAUCCACAAGGCAGUGGAGCAUCGUAAGGAGAUACAGUCCCAUGGUAGGUGGUGACCAGCGACUGGUUCAUACGCCAUUCGUUCUAUCAGGAUACUGGAGCCCAUGUGCACCAUUAGUUUGGAAUCGGGGUUUUCCAACUCCCCUAGGUGGAUCCUCCACAUCCACCAACCCGGUUAAAGCGCCGGACAUUCGCCUUUCGUCCUAUCUUUUUUUGUGAACAACACCCCCGCCACGAGAAGGUAGUGAAUAGGACUUCCCUGGCAGAGGCUAUAUAUUCGCGUGGCCAUAUAAGAGCAUUUCGAGAGGGAGAGCAGACUCUCCCCACUCUCGGCCGUACCAGGGCAGUUGGGGUCUGAAUAAUUUAAUUAUGAAGCUUUUGCUGUCUUUCCAGACUAAAUCAACAUAAACUUUAGGUAGAAUUAAGGUACUGGAAUGUCUGUGCAAGUGAUUAAGGAGGUGCUUAAAGAUGAAAGUAUGUCCCAGUCAGUAGACAUAAAUCUUAUUUAAAAAUGUGAUAAUCAGAUCAUUAGUACUUAAAAAUACUAAUCGAAGUAGCACAGAUACCAAAACAAGACAAGUAAUAAGUGAAAAACAAUGGACUUCUCCCUUUUAUAUAUAGUGGGUUGAAACUGCGCAAGUCAAAGAACUUCAAUACAACCAGUUCUCUUACUUCUUAGGACCCUGACACUAAAUCUGUCAAUAAAAAAUUAACAUUGCAACCUGUGGUGCAUUCAUGUGACCAGUCUUCCAAACCUCCCAUAUAAUCUACGGAUAUGGUUAAAGACAUUCAAAUCAACUUCAAGGGCUUGAUGGUAUCCUUUGGCGGCACAGUCUUAUUUACUUCAGUUAAAGCAGGGGUAUUAAAAGAAAUUGUAUUCCUGCUCCUCAUCAACAAUACAGAUCUUUUUAAAUACAAAAGGUUCAAAGUCAUGGUUUCGUUAAACUCAUCGAUUUAUAACUAGCAGGAUAUUUCAUAUUUAACAUAUAUAUAUAUAUAUAAGUAUAAAUUUGCAGAAGAACUAGAAUAUAAAAUAAACAUUGAGGGUUCAGAAAACAAAGGAAGUCGUUCAUAAUCAGAACAUAUGCAGCAAACACUUUAUAUAUGUUAAUAUCUGUGAGGACCGAUUAAUAAUAUAAAGAUGUAGUCUUUUAAUUAAGGAAAAUAAGUGUAUUUUGGUGUUUAGAUAAGGCAGCGGUAAAACAAGGUUUAUAUAAACUAAGUGGUGUAUUAAUAUAGUACAUUUUUAACAAUCUGGUCGAACACUUGCUUGUUAGGGAUUUAUAUACGAAGGAGGAUGAGAUAGACGUUUGUAUAAUGUAAUAUACAGUGUUGUUCUUGUUACCAUGGGUCCCCUCCCAGCUGACCUUCGUUUUUUCAUGUAUAAAUUUCAUAACAAAUGAAUUUGUGGUUAGACUGUCCAAAAUGUAUUGUGCUAAUAUAUUACAUAAUUUUGACAGUGAUUUUAUUGCAUCAUCUAAUUUUAUCAGAGGGAUUAGUUGUUUCGAAUUUCGGUGUUUAGUUUUCUCCGUAACGUCUGUUUGUUACAUUUCUUUUUCAGAUUCUAAUACAUUCGGGAAUAUAACCUAGAUGCGUUCAGUACCUUUACGAUCUUUCAAUGACUUUUUAGGCUUUGGCGCUCGAUACAGUAUACCCAGAGGAUGUAAAUGGAAUGAACGAAUGGUUUCAAAUCUAAUUUAUUAUCAGUCGAAUUACUUCCUUUUAAGCUUGAUUAUAAUAAUAUUACUCAGCGCUCUUAAUCCCAUUCCCGUAUUAACAGGACUUCUUGUGAUAUGCUUACCCUUGAUGAUUCUCCUAUUUUUAGAUACAAGAACCCUUAACACCAUUAACCAACCAAAGAUACUUGUACCCGUAUGUAUUGUCAUCGCCAUGUUACUGAUUCGUUUCAUAUCUCGAAUAAUCCUUUUCUUUUGUGUUCUACUUGUCCCAGUACUAACAGUAUGCCUUCAUGCCCUCUGUAGACAACGCAAUUUAAAGAACAGAGUUUGUAAACUUGUGGAAUCAGUUCGCAUUGGAGAACAAAGAACAUUAAUGGGAUAUAUGCUGGAAGUAUUUGGUGUAGAUGUACGACUGCUUACUAUCGAUAACUAGUUGCAGAUCAUCUCGAUUAAAAAAGAUGCAUUUUUCCAUCCAACAACUCACUCCGUAUUGUCUCGCUUUUAUUACUGUUGCUUUCCUCAUAUAUGAAAUACUUCUAUUGUUUCUGUGAACUUCAGAUUCAUUUAUUGCAUGAAUACUUCACCAAAUAAGUCCUAACUCGUCUCAGAAAUAUACACAUAUUGAUUGU